UCUCGGUCAAGGUUUCCAGCUGCGGUGGAAGUGCUCAGAGGGGGCCCUUCAAUUUGCAUUGCUAAAUAAUAAUGUGUGCAGCGGUGUAGCGUGAGCAGCGGUCCACUUCGAGAGGAGCCGUUCAUCUGUACAAACCCACCGUGGUCAAUGCACCGGGAGGCUGCAGCCGGAUCACACCGGGCUUUGAUGAAAACCUGUCCUCCUCCGCACAGUGAAAAGUCCUGCUGGGGUUUUCAUUUACGGGUUUAAACAAAAAAAAACAACAACAAAAACUUUGUGAGCUCACGAACCGUGACACGAUGAUUCUGGACAUACUCAGCCUCAGGGUUUGCUCCUCGUCAAGGACUUUGGCAGCGCUGGUGUGUGUUCUGCUGUGUAUUCGUCCAGGACACGGACAGGGCUGCUCAGAGGGGUUCGCGUACGACCGCAGGGCGAGACAAUGUGUAGAUGUGGACGAGUGCCGUACGCUGCCAGAUGCUUGCAGGGGAGAUAUGCGCUGUGUGAACCAGAACGGAGGCUACCUGUGCAUGCCCAGGGGCUUGUACAACCAGCCCUUCAGACCUGAGCCGUACCCGCCUGAGCCCGUUUACACAGACACCUCGGUGGGAUUUCCAGACACCUUCUCUACUCCUCAGAGAUCUGUGGAGCCCAGCUACCCCAGGGUGAGGAGCACGGCGCAGUGCCUGCUGGGAUACACUGCCGCGGAGGACGGUUCCUGUAUCGACAUUGACGAGUGUGAGACCAACUCUCAUCACUGCAACCCCACCCAGGUGUGCAUCAACACAUCAGGUGGCUACACCUGCUCCUGCAACGAGGGAUACUGGCUGAUUGGUGGACAAUGUCAGGACAUUGAUGAAUGUCGCUACGGUUACUGCCAACAGCUGUGUGCCAACGUGCCUGGUUCUUACUCCUGCUCCUGUAACCCUGGCUUUGUCCUGAAUCCAGACAGCAGAACCUGUCAUGAUGUGGAUGAGUGUGAGGAUGAGCCCUGUAGUCACGGCUGCUUCAACACUUACGGCUCCUUCAUGUGCAACUGUGACGAAGGCUUUGAGUUGGCGGCUGAUGGGACGUCCUGUAUCGAUUUGGACGAGUGCAGCUUCUCAGAGUUUCUGUGUCAGCACAGAUGUGUGAACGCUCCCGGCUCUUUCUCCUGCAUCUGUCCGCCUGGAUAUUAUGUCUUUGAGGACGGCAGGAGUUGUGAAGAUAUCAAUGAAUGUGACACUGGUAACAACACCUGUACAACAGCACAAGUAUGUUUCAAUUUCCAGGGAGGCUACACAUGUUUGAACCCCUUACAUUGUUCACCUCCUUACGUUGAGGUUACUGACAAUCAGUGCAUGUGCUCAGCUGAAAACCCUUCCUGCAGAGAGAAGCCCUUCACUAUUUUGUACCGACACAUGGACUUGUCGUCGGGUCGCAGUGUCCCUGCAGACAUCUUCCAGAUGCAGGCCACCACGCGUUACCCAGGAGCCUUUUACAUCUUCCAGAUAAAGUCUGGCAACGAUGGGAGAGAGUUUUACAUGAGGCAAACUAGUAAUGUGAGUGCCACCCUGGUCCUGUCACGGCCGAUCAAAGGGCCGAAGAAGGUGGUGCUGGACCUGGAGAUGGUCACUGUCAACCACGUCAUCAACUUCAGAGGCAGCUCCAUCAUACGUCUGACGAUAUUUGUGUCAGAGCAUCCGUUCUGAGAGUCUGACACAUGGACUUCAUCACCUGUAAAACAAUCCGGCCUCAGCUCUCAUCUGCAGCUGAAGUCAUGUUUUGUUUUUUUUGCAGACAGCUCAUCACCUAUUUUCUCUUUAAACAUUAUGUCAUCGUCCAUACAGACACGUCCGAUAAAGACUCAGCCGAGUUCUGCUGAUGGGAAAAUAUCCCCACACUCCAAAUCCCCCGCCCUGGUUUAAUGGACACGGAGCUUUAAUGGCUGCGAUAUGUACACCCCCCCACACAUACACACACCCACUGACAAACACACACAGGGAUAUUUAUGGUGUACAGUUUCUAACAACUGAUGGAGACUCACUGAGUUUCGGGCAUAUUUUCAGUACAGUUUUUUUCAAUGCUGUCUCCCCUCAGCUGUGAAGCUGUGAAGAGUGAUGAGCGGUCGUUGAAUCUGAAGUGACCUCUUCACGGGUCAGCUCUGAGCAGCUGUAACACAGCACAUGUGUACUUGUGCAUUUGGAGUGGCACUGUUUGAGAUGAUGUAACGAGCAGUCAUAAACUGAAUUAUUGAUCACUGUUUUCUUUUAGACCAAUAAAUGACUUCACCC